AUGGCAGAUUUUUCGAUUUUUUUUUAUAUUUAUCAGAUUUUUAAGGGAACACUUCAAGAACAAGAAGAGCGAUUACUUCGAUCGUCUACGCUCUAUAUUGGCAAUCUUUCUUAUUAUACAACCGAGGAGCAGGUUUAUGAACUAUUCAGUCGCGCGGGUGACGUAAAACGUAUAAUUAUGGGCCUCGAUCGAUUCAAGAAGACACCUUGCGGUUUUUGUUUUGUUGAGUAUUACAGGAGAGAAGAUGCGGAAAUUGCUAUGAAAUGUAUUAAUGGAACUAGAUUAGAUGAUCGUAUUAUUCGAACCGAUUGGGAUGUUGGUUUCAGUGAAGGCCGUCAAUACGGGCGUGGCAAACAUGGAGGCCAAAUGCUACAACUGAUGAAUGAUGGAUGA